GGCUCAGUGUUUACUCCAAAAGAAAAAAAUUAAGCACUGUUUUUGUUAACAUAAAAUGUUAUUGUUAAAUAGGUGAUAAAAAUUAAGUAGUUGAUUAAAUAACUUGAGUUGAAUAAUAUCUAAAUUAUAUAAAUAUGCCGAAAAAAUUUGUAGGAGAAAAUAGCAAGGCAGUUGUUGCCAGAGCUAGAAAAGCUGCUGCUAAAGAGGCAGAAACAACUAAAAAAAAUCAAGCUGCUGAAGAUAAAGCCUGGCAAGAUGAUGACAAACAAUUACUUAAAAAAAAACAAAAACAGGAAGAAAUGGAACGAAAACGACUUCAACAAUUAGAAAAAAAAGCUGAAUCAAAAGCUCUAUUAGAAAAAGAAUUGGCAUCAAUUAAAGUUGGUGGUAAACAAUUAGCAUCUAAAGUAACAAGAGCUGAAAUAAAUGCAAUUACUGAAAAACGUAAUCAAAUUGCCAUGAAAACAAAAGAAGUUGAAAAACCAAUUGAAGAAAAUUUAAAUCGUGUUGUUUUGGAUGGUGAUACUGCACAUGGUAUUGAUGAAGCUCUCUCAGUACUCAGCACAAAAGAUGUAGAGAUUGAUCGUCAUCCAGAAAAACGUGUUAAGGCAGCUUACCUAAGUUUUGAAGAACGAAUGAUGCCAAUAAUUAAAGAACAAAAUCCAACACUACGACUCAGUCAAUUGAAACAAGUUUUAAAAAAAGAAUGGAUGAAAUCACCAGAAAAUCCACUUAAUCAAAGGCUGUUAAAUAAUUGAAAUAAUAAUUACAAAUAAACAUUAAAAAUGAAAUUAAAUAUUAAUUUUUAAUUAAUGAAUAAUUUAUCAAUGAAUUAUUAUUAAUUACAAAUUAAUAAUAAACAUUAUAUAAUCAUCUUUGGUACAUAGAGCUAACAAUAUUCUGACAUAAUAUGAAAAUAAAAAAAAUACCUAACACUGCAUUGAAUCAAUAGACUUUAUAAAAAAAUAGAUUCAAUUUUUUUUUUUUUCUUUUUAUCUAUUCAACAUUGAUAUUUUAAUUAAAUUUUAACAUUAAUCAUAUUUUAAAAACAUAAAAAAAAAAUCUCAAUUGUAUAUUAAAAUAUAAUUUUUAUGUUUUUUUCAAUGAAUAAAUAAUUAUUUUUUAUUUUUAUUCCACAAAUCAAUGAAGCAAUUAAUCAUAUGAUUACACAUCUCGGGACACUCUGUCAUUGGCAUGUGUCCAGCAUUAGGUAACACCUCAAGAAAUGCCUUCAUCAUUGUCUGAAAAUAAUAAAUAAAAUAAAACAAUAAUAAUAUUAAAAGACAAGUCAAAAUAUUAAUUAGCUGAAAUAAUAAUUACCCUUUCCAUUUGGCAUUCUUGAACAAGUGAUACCAAAUUAUCUCUGAGACCAUAUAUGAGUAGUGUUGGUGUUGAAAUACGUCGAUGAUAAACAUAAUCACCAUCUGGCCAAAUCAUACCAUCUAAAAUAAAUGGCAUAUGAGAGGGCCAUUGAUCUUGUGUUUCAUUACCACAAUAUGGAUGUUGACGACCUCUUGGUGAAUACAGGAUAUCCCUACGUAAACCACACAUUAAUAAUGGUGAUAAUGUUGCCCUCAUACAACAAUGACCUGGACCCUCUUUACUUGGUGGAGUUAAUAUUGUUGGUCCACCUCCGGAUAUUAAUACUAAUUGAUGAAUAAAAUUUUCAUAUUUACAUGCAAUUGCUGUUGCAAAACUGCAUCUAAAAACAAACAACAAAGAUAUUAUUUAUUUUCUUAAUUUGGAUAGGUUUAUUUAUAAAAAAGAGAAACAAUAAUUUUUCAAAUAAUGUCAAUGAUUGCACAAAUAUAUAUUGUUAACUACCUACAUCAAAAAUUAAUAACCACCCUUGUUGUAUCAUCUAAUGUAGGAUGAUGAAUUAUUACAACUUUAAUAAUAUGACAGUAUUUAUUUAAAUUUUAUUUAUCAUUGUGAAAGUAUUGUUAUUUAAAUAGUGGAACAUUUUGGCACGUUUAUUACGUUCUAUUAUGAUGUACGGUACUUUGACCCAGCAUGUACAUGUCCUACAUAUGCCACAAUUGUCACGUACAAAAAUAUAACUUAUCACAAAUUCAUUGGACAUUUAUUAUUACUAAACAACUACCUCAAAAAUGUGUUAUUAAAUUUUUCUAUAUUUUUUUAAAUUGAUAGUUAAAUUAUGUAUAAUUAUUAUUGGAAAAAAGAAAACAA